AUGCAAUCCCUCCUUUUUAUUUGGUCAGAUCUGGGACUAACUUGGGAAGUACUUGCUGAUGGUAUCAUACCAACCGUAACAUUGGAGACGCCCGAAAUAUCACUCUGUUAUGAUGUGGAUUUUUGCAGGCUGUUUCGACCAACCUCCCCACAGAUAACUCAGAUGAAAUGUCUGUCGGUGAAGGGUACAUGUCCACAAGGAUCAUUCUCGCCUCUUACCAAAGCCACAAAGGAUUAA